AUGGCGGACACCGACAAUGCUUGCAACGGAGACGCUGUCGACCUCAACAACCGCGCGUUGCGCAUUGGCUCCAUCUUCAUCGUCAUGGCGGCCGCGACCUUUGGAGCAUUUGCACCCAUCCUCCUGGCUAGACAACAGAAGAUGCAUGUGCCCAAGUUCACAUUUUUCAUCUGCAAAUAUGUCGGUACUGGAGUCAUCAUUGCUACUGCGUGGAUGCACCUGCUGGACCCGGCCGUGGAAAAUCUAUCAGAUCCCUGCCUUGCUCCACGACUCGGCGACUAUCCGUGGGCGCUGUGCAUCAGUUUGAUGACGGUCAUGGUCAUGUUUUUCGUUGAGCUUCUUGCUGCAAGAAUGGGGGAGGACGACGAUGGACACAGCCACUCGGUGGGCUCAGACAGCGAUUCUGACCCGUCAUUGGCCGUAUUAUCUGGGAAGAAAUCACAAGAAAAGGAUGCACUUGCGGAAGACUGCCCCCACGACCUCGAGAGGGGUGUCUUGCGGGGACCCGAUCCGAAGAAUAUUCCUGGCCUCCCCGACGACGUGAGCUAUCCACCUGGUGGUGAGGAUCACCUCGCACAUGGCCACGAGCACGAUGAUGGUGACUCUCACGGUGGCCUCGCGGGCCAGCUCACCGCCAUCUUUGUCCUCGAAUUUGGUGUCGUCUUUCAUAGCGUGUUCAUUGGACUCACUCUCGGUACGACGAAAGAUCUGGUCGUUCUCCUUGUUGUACUUGUGUUCCACCAGAUGUUUGAGGGCCUCGGUCUGGGGUCUCGGCUAGCAACAGCGCCCUGGCCCAAGAAUAGGCAGUGGAUGCCCUACCUGCUUGGCUUCAUCUUUGCCAUUUCAACUCCAAUCGGCACGGCCGCCGGCAUAGGGGCUAGGCCUAACAACGCUAAUACCCAGAAAUUGGUGAAUGGCAUCUUUGACUCGAUUAGCGCGGGCAUCCUCAUGUACACAGGGCUGGUUGAGCUCCUCGCACAUGAGUUCAUGUUCAACCCCCACAUGCGCAAGGCACCGUUAAAGAUCCAGCUCUUUGCUUUUGGAUGCGUGGCUGUUGGAGUUGCAAUCAUGUCUUUGUUGGCAAAAUGGGCGUAA